GGCGCUCGCAGCUGGAGCAAGCUCUGCAGGAGGCUGGCGGCGAGGAACAGCGCCGGACGAUCUCCCACACGGCCGACCAGGAGCGUGCCACUGCGCAGCACAAGGCUCAGGUUGAGGCGCAGCUUCAGGGCCGCAAGCUGGACCUCCAGAAGGAGCAGCUGGAGUACCAGCUCAAGAGGGAGAACGAGCAGUUCGCCCAGCACGAGGGAAUCCGGGUCCGAAACGACAUGGAGCUGGAGGAGGCCGCGCGGGAGACGAUGCGCCUCAAGGCGAAGUUCGACCGCGAGACCGCCAUGGCGGACGCCAUGGCGCUAGCGCAGGGGAUGGCCAAGCAGGAGCGCGAGAACAUCGAGGUGCGGCUGCGCGAGCUGCGCGCGAAGAGCGCCGAGGAGCGGCGUACGCGCCUCGACUCCAUCGAGGAGG